AUGGCGAAGCUUGGAUUCCUGCUGGAGGAGGGUGCAGAGGGAGUGGAGAGAAAUUUGGGUCGGGCUGUCGAGCUGUACGAGCGUGCGAUCGAGAAAUCUCAUGAUUGCGACGCGAUGUUCAACCUAGCAGAUUUAUUGAGCGAGGGAGGGGACGGGGUGGCACAAAAUUCAGCGCGGGCUGUGGAGCUGUACGAGGAUGCAAUUAAGGAGCACGACGAUGUCGAGGCCAUGGUGAAUCUCGGUUGCUUGCUGCAGACGGGCGCAGAGGGGGUGGAGAGAAAUGUGAGUCGAGCUGUCGAGUUGUACGAACGUGCGAUCGAGAAAUCUCAUGAUUGCGACGCGAUGUCCAACCUAGCAGGUUUGUUGCGCGACGGGGGGGACGGGGUGGCACAAAAUUCAGCACGGGCUGUGGAGCUGUACGAGGACGCGAUUGAGGAGCACGAUCAUGUUAAGGCGAUGGUGGGUCUUGGAGUCCUGCUGGAGAGGGGUGCAGAGGGGGUGGAGAGAAAUGUGAGUCGGGCCGUCGAGUUGUACGAGCGUGCGAUCAAGAAAUCUCAUGACUGGUACGCGAUGUUCAACCUAGCAGGUACAUUGAGCAAGGGAGGGGACGGGGUGGCACAGAAUUCAGCGCGGGCUGUGGAGCUGUACGAGGACGUGAUUAAGGAGCACGACGAUGUCGACGCCAUGGUGCAUCUCGGUUGCCUGCUGAAGAAGGGUGCAGAGGGGGUGGAGAGAAAUGUGAGUCGGGCCGUCGAGUUGUACGAGCGUGCGAUCGACAGAAGUGGUGAUGUCAGUGCCAUUUACUAUCUCGGACUCCUGCUGGACGAUGGGGCGGAGGGAGUGGAGAGAAACGUGGUUCGGGCCAUCAGAUUGUUCGAGCGUGCGAUCCGGGAAGGGCAUCAUGGCGGCGCUAUGUGCAAACUCGCAUUCGUGAUGAUGAAUGGAAGGGAGGGUGUUCUGCGGGAUGAAGUCCGAGCUGCGAAACUCUUUGAGCGCGCGAUCCUGGAGCACAGUGAUGUGCACGCGAUGACAGGGCUGGGCCUGCUAUUAUCCCUUGGCGCGGCGGGAGUGGAGAAGAAUGUGAUUCGCGCAAUAGAAUUGUACGAGCGCGCGAUCGACGAGGCCCAGGAUGCCUUUGCUAUGGUCGAACUGGCGCGCCUAUUGCAGGAUGACAGAUACUGGGUGCGGCCGAAUGCAGCGCGAGCUGCAAAGCUGCUUGAGCGCGCGGUUAAAGAGCACGACGACGUCGAGGCCAUGGUGCAACUCGGGGAAAUGCUAGUACAAGGCACGGGGGGAGUGCGGACGAACGCGGCUCGUGCGGCGCAAUUGUACGAGCGUGCGAUCGAGAAGUGCCAUAACCGCGACGCUAUGCUUAAACUGGCUUGCUUGCUGCGAGACGGAGCGGGCGGGGUUGCGCGGGAUGCAGCGCGAGCAGCGAAGCUGUUCCAAGCCGGGAUGAACGGGCGCGACGGAGGCGAGGCGAUGGAGAUUCUCGAGCGACUGGUGCGGGACGCAACCGGGCGGCGCUGA